GUCCCUUGUCAUACCACACCAACGGCAUCCCUGACAGGCUGACACCGUAUGCUCCGAUAAAAAUAUGCUUCUGAAUUUUCCAAAGUACUAAUAGCAGGAACUGUCGCUGUGCUAACCACCGGAGAAGCGUUCGUUAAGGGCUCACUCAGCUUUCCGACAGACCACCAAGGCACCAAUACAAUCAAUCAUCACUCAUCAGCACACACCAUCUCAGCUCAAGAAAAACCGCUGCUUGAAGUGGCACUCAGGCAGCGUGCCGGCGUACACAAUCAGGCGGCAUAAAGAAUCCCCCCACCCGAGCUGAGUUCUUCCGAGAAGUCCAUCCGAUCCGACGCCGCCCUCCACUUUCCAGUUCGGCGCAAUGCAGCUCGCGAUGUCACCGGACAGCCUCCUCUUCUUCUGCUCCGUCGCGGCGUCGGCGGCCGCCGCCUUCGCCCUUGUCUCGCUGUACAGGCACCUCGCGCACCGGCGAGCCCAGGCCUCCUCAGACGACGGGCUCGUCGCCCUGGCGGCGGCUGGAGGCGAUGGCUCAGAGGAUGAGCUCCUGCCGCUGAGCGCCGCGGCGGCGGGGCUCCCCGCGUUCAUGUACAACCGGCUGGUCAGGCACAGCGGCAAGGGUGCCGGCUCGACCGAGUGCGCGGUCUGCCUCGGCACCAUCCAGGUCGGCGCCAUGGUGAAGCUGCUGCCGGCCUGCGGCCAUGUCUACCACCGCGACUGCAUCGACCUGUGGCUGUCAUCGCGCUGCACGUGCCCGCUCUGCCGGCGCAGGGUCGGCAACGCCGCCGCGCCCGGCCAGGAGCCAAGCCGGCAGCUCGCCCAACCUUCCCCAGCCUAGACCGUCUUCAAUUCUUCAGACCUGCAACCGAUGUUUCUACUAGGAUCUUUUUCCCCCUGCUUUGAGCUCUAAGAGCAAGAAGCGUGCAUGCUGUAGCGUUUCAUAUGGACAUGAUGUGGAUAAUGGUGCACUUAGCAAUUGUGCAUACAAGCUCUCACUGCAAAUUCGAGCAUAUUGACAUCAGCAUGUAAACUCGUGACACGGUGACGGUGAAAGACAAGACAAGACACCAGGUCAGAGAAAUCACCAACCAUGCUAGGAUUAACACAAAAGGCCAAAGCAAAACUGAGCAGAGAUCCCCUUUUUUUAUCUUCCCUCUUCCGCGGCCUCCCAAAAGCAAGCAGCAGACAUAAUAAAGAGAACCAAUUAUAUUCCA